GUGGCAGGGAGAGGGGGAGCCAGAGAGGAUGACACCUCGCUUUUUGGCUCGGGCAGCUGCGUGGGUAGCGUUCGUUGGAAGGCGGAUAUACUGCUGGGGCAGGGACAGAUUGGGAUCAGAAGCAAGAACUCGGUUUUGAGAUUUUCACUACAUUUUCAGGUGGAGAUGGAGAGACCCAGCUGCAGAUGGCAAUGUCAGGAUAGCAGGAUAGGGUGUGGAAAGCACGAAUAGGACGAGGGCAUCCAGAGGGACCAUGGGACAGAUGGAGAGAGAAGGGGCCCCAGGACUUUCAAAGACUCCCAGCUGGUUCGUUUUGUUGGACUUUGUUUUCCCUUUAUCGAGAAAGCUUGCAUUGCACAGAAGAGGCAAAAAGCAAACCCUAAAAUUGAAGCUGUCCCUCAGGCCUUGAGCUGGCCGGGUGCUAAGAUCACCCACCACUGGGUUAGACAAGGGACUGUGUCCCUGGAGCCGGGAGCCAAACCUUGGCCUCCCUGCCUCCCAACGGCUCAGGAGAGGAGGCGGGUUGGAUGCAGAGGAUACCGGUGGGUUAGCGAUUAGGUCAUCAAUGCCGGAACCCUUAGAACGGAGCUCCUGCUGCAACGUUCCCUCCCUCCCUGCACGGACUGCGAAGCGGCACGAUCCUCCGGGUGCCCGCUGAGUUUCAUCUGUGCCGAUGCGCUCUUAUCAAAGAGCUCAUCUUUGCAUUCGCAUGACCUCAGUAAUCACCUCCGCACUCUCGUAUUAUAUCACGGCACGGCUGUGGACCUGCACUGUGGCACGGCACCAGAGAACAAGGCUUCUCUCGUGACACCCUCUGAAAGAAGUCGUAGGUGCUGCUGGAUGGGUAUGGACUGGGUUGUGGGUGCCACCUUCUCCACAUUCUAGAAGGCCAUCUGCGGGGCUGACUGACACCCACUGCAUCCAGAAGUACAACCAGUGCUGUUCACAGCCGGGCAAGAGGUUCUAGCUAAAGGAAGCUGGGUUCUCCUUUAGACCAGCCUGGUCUGGCAGAUGCUGGUCAGACAUCCACGCUGGCCACCGGGCAGGAAUGGGCUUUCAUGAACACUGAUGUUUUUGCCGGGACCAAGAUAGACCCCAGUGCCUUGGUGCAGAAGCUGGACCCAGACACGAGGAGCGUUGCUUCCAUCAGGAGAGGUGCGGACGCCCGGGCCAUUUUGCCCAAGAAGGAGAAGCUGAAGCUGAGGCGUGAGAGGUGGCUGCAGAAGAUCGAAGCCAUAAAGCUGGCCGAGCAGAAGCGCAAGGCAGAGCGGAGACGGAGGGCCACGGUGGUGGUGGGGGACCUGCAGCCCCUGAAGGACGCCCUCCCUGAGCUGUUGGAGCUGGAGGCCGGUGGCCGGCGGCCGCGUUCUGCAGGGGUGAGGGUGAGCAGGAGGCCCCGGCCCGCCGAGUUGAGCCGCAUGAGUGCUGCGCAGAGGCUCCAGCUCCUCGAGGAAGAAAGGGCCCGGUUUCAGGAGCUGCUGGCCAGUCCGUCCUACAGGGCCAGUCCCCUGCUGGCCAUCGGGCAGCAGCUGGCCCAGCAGAUGCAGCUGCACGGCGGCGGCCAGCUCUGACCUGGUCCGGAGGCGUGCCGUGAGCCCCGAGGACCCGCCCCUGCCGUCAUCGCCUUGAACCCGGCGGCAGUGCCCACCGUGAGGAUGAGCUGCGGCGUGACCUCGGGCAGUGGGCCUGCGGGCUUCCUUCCAGGCUGCUCUUGGGCUUUUCUGGGCUGGCCGACCGGGAUGGCACGACCUACCGCCCGGCAGGCGUCAGGAUCCCGAGACGCAGCCACGUUGUUCCGUGCUUCGGGGGCGCUUGCCGCCCUCCCGGUUCCCGGGGGCUCGGAUGGAACAUCUCCUGUCUGCUUCUCCCGUUUUGUCUCUGUGCCGCUCCCCCCGGCCCUCUCCCCGCUGUGGCCCCGAGCCCAGGUUGCUCCCCUCCACCUGCUCUUGUGGUUAAGGGGAGCAGGGCCGCUGCUGUCUGUCAGCCUGGACGCGGGGCACAGGCCUGGUCCCGCCCUGCGGCGGCUGACCCGACAGCAGGAUGGGUAUUUAUUGUGAGAAGCCUGGGGUUUGGAGGCCGGACUGUGGGAAAUCAGACUUAAACCCUUGAUUUGAGGAUGUGGAGGGGGCUGCUUUUCUGGCCAGAGGCCCCGAGCUCGUGGAUGUGUGGCUCAGAGGCCUGGGCCCCCGCGGCGGCAGCUCUGGGCCCAGGACGGGGCCUGGGUACCAGCACCCCUCACAGGCGGGCGACAGCCUGGGCGUGCUGCCUCUGCGUCCGGGCGCCAGGCCAGUCUGGGCCCUGUGGCUGAUCUGUCCCUGACCUCUAGUGGCGUGGCCGCCGUGCUCACGACACACAGACACCUUAGCAGUGUCCGCCGAGGCUGUCCGGGAAUGGAUGGCUGAAUGGAAUCGGAUCCUGGACCCCUUCUCUGCACAAGAGCACACGGUGUGGACACAUCACAGGGACGGGACACAGAAGGGACAGAUAAGACCACAGAGGCUGCAGGUGGCAGCCGAGUCCCCUCAGCCAGAGGUCAGCGUGGCCAUGUCGCCAGGACCGCCAGGUCCUAAGGGACGGUACGGUCUUGUUCUCAGCACAGAACCCAGUUCUCCAUAAGUGAGACAAGCUGUUUACAAAGUGGUAUUUGUGACAAACUCGUUUCUGCAAUAAAAUCACUGCUGGGAAAAAGAGUGGGGCGGGCACUGGCCACCCGGGAGAUGGUGCGGA